AUGGCCACUCCAACUGCCGCCACCUCGACUGGGGAGCCGCCGGAGCCGGAUUCACUGUACGCACAUGAGACUCGCGAGCAGGAGAACGUGCCAUGGUGGCAGAGAAAUUUCCUGCUCAAUCAGCCGGUACUAUUCGGCACGUGGGAUGGAGUCUUCACAACGGUCAUGGUCAACAUCUUCGGUAUUAUCGUUUUCUUACGAAUGGGAUGGAUUGUGGGCACCGCCGGUGUGGCCAAUGCUAUUCUGCUUCUUAUAUUCUGUACAGCAUUGGCUUUGAUUACAGUCUUCUCAGCCAUCGGAAUCGUUGAACGCUGUCAAAUCCAGAGUGGAGGGAUCUACUUUCUCGUUUCGCAUGUACUCGGCGGUCGACUCGGCGGUGCUGUUGGACUUAUCUACGCUCUUGGCCAGGCAGUCGCCACCGGCUUGGUUGCAGUUGGUUUUGCCGAGUCUGUCGCACAUCUUUUCGACUCUGAAAGCCGUACCUUCACGAAAGUGAUCGCCAUCGCCACACUUGCUGUGCUGACUGGAAUAAACACUGCCGGAGUGUCAUGGGUGGUUCGACUACAGCUGCUUCUUCUCGGAUUUCUUGCUUUGGCAGUGCUCGAUUUCCUUCUCGGGGCACUAUUCACAUCCGAUCCAAGUCAUGGUAUUUCCCGUUUCUCGUACGCUCAUCUGAGUGAAAAUGCUGAACCGAUGUAUGCAUCGGUGAAUUGUACACCAAUCGGCUUCGAUCGUAUCAUUCCUGAACAGUCGUUUUUCACGGUUUUUGGAGUGUUUUUCGCUAAUUUCCUCGGAGUGUUGGCUGGUGUGAAUAUGAGUGGCGAUUUGAAAGAUCCUCAUAAGAGUAUUCCACUUGGUGAACUGUCUGCUGUAGGAGUGAGCUCUUCGAUAUGCUUCGUAUUCAUCAUGAUCCUUGGAGCUACUGGCGAUCGUCUAAGCCUCAUCUGUGACAAUCUCAUAUCCGAAAAGGUUGCUUUGACUGGCGUACUUUUUAUGAUCGGUUUGUACAUCUGUUCGUUAUCGUCCACAAUCGGCUCACUGCUCGGUACUCCACGUGUUCUUCAAGGAAUCGCAGCUGAAGGCAUCAUCCCAGUGCUUAAUCCUCUCGCUCAAGGGUCCGGCGCCAACAAAAACCCAGUGCUGGCCGGUGUGGUGUUGAUGGCAGUGGCAUCGGUGUUCGUACUGCUCGGCGAUCUUAAUCAACUGGCUAUUCUCUCUACAAUGCCAUUCCUCAUCACCUAUGCUUUCGUAAAUUACUCCUACGUAUCUCUGGCAAUGAGUUACGAUCUCAUCACUAUAAGCCAUGCAGAAGGUGACAUCAAAUACGGUUCUAUGCAUAAAAUUGGCGAUUUGGACGAGUUGUUCCCUGAACGACAGCAACAGCAACAAUGUACAAGUACAAUCGAGGCCGGGAAAAUCUUUAUGGUAAACCUACUGAUCCUGUUCCUUAUUCAUUUCUGGUUCGCGGUUGCCCAUUUCGCAGUGCUUAUAAUUAUCUACUACUACAUUGGCCGAGUUUGUCCUUCUUGUUCACCAGGAAUCUCAACCUUUUCUAUCCCACAUAUGUUCCGCAUUGCCUUCUCAUCACUUGAGACAAUUGGCGUAUUCAAUCGAGGGCCCUGUGUGUUGACAAAGGAAGGACCAUCCAAGGAAGUACUAACCGAACAACUCAACGAAUCAAAUCCCGACUACCAAGAUCGGAAACAAUAUCACCAUGCCCAAAAUGUCACACAAGAAUUCGAUUAA